AUGUUCUUUGAUAGUCCUCCUCGUGAUUAUAACAACAACGACAGCGAUAACAACAAGAAACAACACCAUCAUCAACUCAAAACCUCAAACACCUUCUUUGAUGAAAAAUUCUCAAAAGACUUGUUCGCUUCUUUCGCUGAUAUGAAAACACCAGCCUCUGCUCAGAUGAGCGAUGAGAAAUUUGAUAAUUUCAAUGAUCCCAUGAUGAUGUGUUCAACACCAACUCCGACUUCAACAUCAUCAUCCAAUUCCAAUUCCUCGAGUACCUUUUUUAGCUCCAUUCUUGAUCAUCACGAAACCACAUUGGAUACUAAUCCUUUCUCUGCCGACCAUGACAACAUUAAUCCUUUUCAUAAUUAUACACAAGUAGGAGUUGCAAACAAUAAUAAUACCAGCAAUGCACAACUUUAUUCUCCAUCUAAAGAUGCUGAUGAACCUUCAUUAGCGACAAGAAUGAGAGAAAGUAUGGGAAAAAAACAAAUCAUUGAACAAGUUGAGAAGAAAAUUAUUCAUGAUGUGGAAAAACCAAAGAAUAAGGUAGAAAAGAAAAAACGACCAAAGAAAUUCAAACCAACUAAUUUACUGUUACAACAAAAAGAAACAGACUCUCAGACAAUGAAACCUCCAGCAAAUAGACAACAACAAAAUGACGACUCGGGUACAUACUCGCAAGUGAAUUAUGAAAUUACUUCAUCGGGUGCCUUUAUGAUCGAUGAUGUUCGUAUUACAGAAGAAGGUAUCACUAAUAUGCCACCUUCUCUCUGUACACAAACACAAUCACCUUUCAGACCUCAAUUACUUCAUGUAGCAUCUCCCACACGAACAAAAACUCGCUUCAUGAAUGAUCCAGGAUCUGAAAAUAUUGUAACCUUCAAGAAAAAGAAACAAGAGAAGAAGGUUACUCCAAUUUCCUUCCAAAAUCUACAAUCUAUUAAAAAGUUGGGAGAAGGAGCUAGUGGAGUUGUAGACCUUGUUGUUGACACUACUACUGGAAAACAAUAUGCAAGGAAAAUUGUAAAAUUAGCCAAAGAUAUCCAGCCCAAAUUAAUUUUAUCAGAAAUUACAGCACUAUAUAACUGUGUAGAAUGCCCUAAUAUCCUUCGAUUCUACAAUGCCUAUUUUGUAGAUAGUAAGAUUCACAUGUUGCUGGAAUAUAUGGACGGAAAUUCGUUAGAAUCUCUAGCAACUGUUAAAGUGCCAGAAAAUAUUUUAGAAUUGGUCACAUGCCAAAUUUUAAAAGGUUUAUAUUUUCUUCAUUUCAAGAGGAGAAUUGUACAUAGAGAUUUGAAACCUGCUAAUAUUCUUUUUAAGUUAAACGGAGAAGUGAAAAUCAGUGAUAUGGGCUUGACUGGAAUUUUCAGCAAAUCUCAAUCUCAAAAAACGGCUGCAGGAAAAUAUGGAAUUAGCAACAAUCAUGUUUUCAAUACUUGUCAAGGUACAAUUGUUUACAUGUCACCAGAGAGAAUUGAAGAAAAAGAACACUCUUACAAUAGUGAUAUUUGGUCAUUAGGUAUAACUUUGGUUGAGCUGGCUCUAGGAUAUUUCCCUUUCAAAGUUGGCACAUAUUUUGAUGCUUUGGAAGAUAUCAAAAAUGUAGAAAAUCAAAAUCCACUUGCUGGCAAGGGAUUUUCAGAAGUGUUUCAAGAUUUUAUCUAUCAUUGUUUACGAGUUAAUCCAGAUGAAAGAUACUCAAGUAGAGAUCUGCUGUGUCACCAAUUUGUUUAUCGCCAUUUGAAAGAGCCUGAAGAAGAAAUUUGUUCACAAAUUGCCAAGUACAUUCAACAGGUGCAAACUCAGAAAUUGCAUAGUGAUUCAAGCGAAGCAAACAAGGCAGAAAAAUAA